AAUUCUCCUCCUCUGAAGUUUUAUAAAGAGGUCCAGAGACUGGAGAGUGGAAAGAACUGGAGGCAGGAGCCCCCCCUUAACCCUGCUUCCCCAGGCUCCCAGAAGUCUCAGGGCAGAGGGUUAGCCGACCUGUGGAGUUCCUGCCUGGUUGGACCAUGAACUGGCAGUGGCUGUGCCUGGGCUUCCUACUCCCUGCGACAGUCUCAGGUCGGGCCCUGGGGACUGCCCGAAAAGAGACAGCAGUGGAUUAUCUGUUGCAAUAUGGGUACCUACAGAAGCCUCUAGAAGGACCUGAUAACUUCAGGCCAGAAGAUAUUAUGGAGGCUCUGAGAACUUUUCAAGAAGCAUCUGAGCUGCCAGUCUCAGGUCAGCUGGAUGAUGCCACAAGGGCCCGCAUGAGGCAGCCCCGUUGUGGCCUGGAGGAUCCCUUCAACCAGAAGACCCUUAAAUACCUCCUGCUGGGCCGCUGGAGAAAGAAGCACCUGACUUUCCGCAUCUUCAACCUGCCUUCCACCCUCCCACCCGACACAGCCCGGGCAGCCCUGCUUCAAGCCUUCCAGUACUGGAGCAGUGCGGCCCCCCUGACCUUCAGGGAAGUGCAGGCUGGCUGGGCUGACAUCCGCCUCUCCUUCCAUGGCCGCCAGAGCCCCUACUGCUCCAAUUCCUUUGAUGGACCUGGGAGGGUCCUGGCCCAUGCUGACAUCCCAGAGCUGGGCAGUGUGCACUUUGAUGAAGAUGAGCUCUGGACUGAGAGGACUUACCGGGGGGUGAACCUGCGCAUCAUUGCAGCCCAUGAACUGGGCCAUGCCCUGGGGCUUGGGCACUCUCGAUACACCCAGGCCCUCAUGGCCCCUGUGUAUGCUGGCUACCGGCCCCACUUCAAGCUGCACCCGGAUGAUGUGGCAGGGAUUCAGGCUCUCUAUGGCAAGAAGAGCCCAGAGACAGAGGAGGAGGAAGAAGAGAUGGAGCUCCCCGCUAUACCACAUAUGCCCACAGAACCUGGCCCCAUGCCAGACCCCUGCAGUGGUGAACUGGAUGCCAUAAUGCUGGGGCCCCGCGGGAAGACUUAUGCCUUCAAGGGGAAUUACGUGUGGACGGUGACAGAUUCAGGGCUGGGGCCCUUGUUCCAGGUGUCGGCCCUUUGGGAGGGGCUCCCAGGAAACCUAGAUGCUGCUGUCUACUCUCCUCGAACACAAUGGAUUCACUUCUUUAAGGGAGACAAGGUGUGGCGCUAUAUUAAUUUCAAGAGGUCUCCCGGCUUCCCCAAGAAGCUGAAUAGGAUAGAGCCCAACCUGGACGCAGCUCUCUAUUGGCCUUUCAACCAAAAGGUGUUCCUCUUUAAGGGAUCCGGGUACUGGCAGUGGGACGAGCUGGCCCGAACGGACUUCAGCCACUACCCUAAACCAAUCAAAAGGUUGUUUACGGGAGUGCCAGACCAGCCCUCAGCUGCUGUGAGUUGGCGGGAUGGCCGUGUCUACUUCUUCAAGGAUAAACAGUACUGGCGCCUCAACCGGCAGCUCCGAGUAGAGAAAGGCUAUCCCAGAGACACCGCCCCCAACUGGAUGCACUGUCAUCCCCAGACCUCAGACCCUCCUCCAUCAGGUGGAGAUAUCCGUCCUUCAGCCACAGGCACUGACCCCUCUGCCAUAGGAACAACCCUGAAUACCACUUCCUCAGCCAUAGAUACCACGUUGAACAAUGACCCCUCACCUGGAGACCCAAUCUUGGACAUUACCCCCUCAGCCACGGCCUCCCCUACCCUUUCAUUCCCUGGUACUGUCACCCUCCCAGAGGCCUAAGAUGUGAAUCAAAUGUCGGCUCACUAGGCUGCAGGGCUGCAGCAGGGGUGUGAGCCAUAGACCUCAGGCCUCUAAAUGUCCCAGCACUAGCCACCCCUUCUCUGUGCUCUUUCUGUCCUGGGCAGGGACUCCCUAACUCUGGGUCAGCUCCCCACAUUUCCUCUCCAUCCUAGAUAGCACCUCCAACUGUGUUAUUUACUGUCUGGAAGACUGGGGGAAGGCAGGCAUCACUCAGGCCCUUGGCUGACAGGUGGGCAACAGCUGGGAAGCUAAAUGCUUGGGUCUUGUCCUUCCUAGAUAAAGUGCAAAAAACAGCAUGGCCAGUAAAAUGAGCAAGGGCUUUGGAACCUAUUAAGAAUCACAUUUACUUGCUUAUGACUUUGGGCAAGUUCAUUGAGCCUUCGAUUCUGCUAAAUAAGGUUAAUACCAAUCCUGCAGGGUUUUUGCAUUAAAUGAAAUACUAUUUGUGAAGUGCAGGGCACAAUGUCUGGCACAUUUGUGCUUAACAAAGGCUAGCUCCAUGUUCAUUAGAGAGGACUGAACAGCUCUUCCUCUGGCUGUGUGUUUGUGUCGCUGUGUACAGUAGUCCAGUCUGAUAAGGGGGGGCCUUAUCAGAUCUUUAGGGGACCAGAGGACUUGUCAGUCUGGCUAAUUGUUUCAAGGUGCAAGGUGUUUCAAGAGCAACAGCAGAGGCUGGAAUCCCUG